CAGGUCACGUGACUCCCGGGCACGCCGGAUGUGACGUCGGACCGGAGGAGCAAUGGAGCUGAGUGAGCUGCUGUAUAAUAAGUCGGAGUAUAUAGAAACAGCAUCUGGAAACAAAGUCAGCAGGCAGUCUGUACUGUGUGGAAGCCAGAACAUUGUACUCAAUGGCAAGACGAUCGUGAUGAACGAUUGCAUUAUCCGGGGGGACCUGGCCAAUGUUCGAGUCGGCCGACACUGCGUCAUCAAAAGUAGAAGUGUGAUUAGACCGCCAUUUAAAAAAUUCAGCAAGGGAGUGGCGUUUUUCCCAUUACACAUUGGGGACCAUGUGUUUAUAGAAGAGGACUGUGUGGUGAAUGCAGCCCAGAUCGGAUCCUACGUACACAUAGGCAAGAAUUGUGUCAUUGGCCGAAGAUGUGUCCUAAAGGAUUGCUGCAAGAUUUUGGAUAACACAGUUUUGCCUCCUGAGACCGUGGUACCUCCUUUUACAGUGUUUUCUGGCUGCCCUGGUCUGUUCUCGGGAGAACUUCCAGAAUGUACACAGGAGCUGAUGAUUGACGUGACUAAGAGCUACUAUCAGAAGUUCUUACCUCUCACGCAGAUAUGAGCAGGACAUCUUCCUUUCCCCCCCAAAGCUGUUUACGUCACUUUUUUUAUAUAUGUAUAUAUAUUAAUAUUUCCUGCAUUCCACUGGUUCAAAGCCCUCAUGUUGCCUGUAACAGUAUAUACAGUAUUU